ACCCUGGUGCCUUUUUCUUUUUUUCACAUUUGAGUCUGUAUUGCGCAACAAUUCGGAGAUGAGGACCCCUGAAUAUUUCGCAGGGUAUUUCUCACACUGGUUCUAAUCCAAAGUCCUGUGAGCUGUAUCUGCCUGCGACACCUCCCCCUGUGUCCAGUAGGGGUCAGCGCGCUCUCGCGUGUCACAAGGAAAACAAAAGCUCCAAAAGUGAAGCUGGAGUUUCCUGGAGCGCGUGAGGAGACGUAAGAAGACGUGUGCGCGCAUGAGAACUCAAACUCAAACUGUACCCGAGCGCAGCGUGGAGCACAGUCAGCUCCGUGACACCCCGUGACCGCGCGCGUGACCGGGCUGCGCAGCUGGACUUCACCUGUACGCGCGCGUGCACGGAGGAAUGGCCGUGCACGUCAGGCGUCCACAGGUAACGCGCGCGGCACACCUUUUACGCACCGUACGUCAGACAGCGGGACACCUUUGAUUUAAGCUCCGACAGAGAACCGGAGCUCCGCGGGACACCGAGCCUUCCCCGGACUGUAUCCGGCCCUGCUGCACUCUGAGCGGGCACAGCUGCUGCGGGCUCCCGCUGAAACCAUGGAGGAGAAUACGGAGUUCCCCACAGCGCUUCUCGAGAGCGUUCGUGAGGCUCUGGGUCGAGGGGUGAAGGUUGAACUGAAGGUCCAAGUUCAGCUGGAGGUCAAGGACAAAGUGGAGAAUCGAAUCCUGGUUUUGGCUCCUCAUCGACUCUUCCUCCUCACAGCUCGAGUCCCGUCCAAGGUGGAGCAGUCGUUCAGUCUGUUGGAUCUACAGGGAGUCAGCAGCAACAAGCCCACACAGCUGGUCCUGGAGCAUGACAGAGGGAGCUGGCUGCUGCGUUCUCCUGAUCUGGAGGUGGACGACAUCAUCACUGACAUCGGCCUGAGCCUCCAGAAGAUCUGCCCCAACAUCACUCCAGCGAAGUUGUUGAAGAAGCUGAGUCUAAAGCCUCCAGAGAGAACAGCUCCUCUGCUGGAGAGAUGGGGAAGUGCACCAGAGCUGGGGCCCUGUGGAGGUUUUUCUCUUCAGUACUGGGUCAUGUGUGAUCACUUGGGGCUGCCGUACAGAGACGAAGUCCAGUGGGAUGUGGACACAAUUUAUUUAACCCAGGACACAAAAGAACUGAACCUCCAGGACUUUAUCCACCUGGAGAACAGAGACCUGGUUCCGAUCAUCGCUGUUCUUGAACACAAUCAGUGGUUCACCAAACUCUCCAUCAAAGACUACAAACUGCCGACAGACGUGUGUGAUCAGAUCCUUCGUGUGGUCGCUCGCUCCAGUCGUUUAGAGGAACUGGUCCUGGACAACGCCGCCCUCCGGAGUGAUUUUGCUCAGAAGUUGGCUCUGGCUCUGUCUCAUAACCCGGCCUCUGCUCUGCACUCUCUCACUCUCUGCAACAACUCCCUCGAAGACAAAGGUGUAGCAGCCCUCAGUUCACAGUUGGCCAAACUUCCUCUGGGACUCAAACAGCUCAACUUGUCCAAGACCGGACUGUCCGCUAAAGGAGUGAACAGUGUGUGUCAGGCGCUCAGCUCAAAUCCUGCUGUCUGGUCCAGUCUGAAGAAACUGGACUUGUCUGAGAAUUCUGUGAAAGGAGACGAACUCCAGCACCUGCAGAGUUUUCUGUCUCAGUCAAACUCUUUAGAGACGUUGGAUUUGUCACACACCGACUGCUCCCUGGAACAGAUCUGUUCAUCUCUGCUUAGAGGGAGUCUGCAGCACCUGUCAGUCCUGAACCUGUCCAAGUGUGUGUUCUCCAACAGGAAGUCCAAGGAGAUCUCGUCCGGGUUUAAACUGUUUUUCAGCUCGGCCCUGAGUCUGACCUCUGUGUUUCUGUCAGGAACCAGACUGCCCCUGGAUGCACUCAAGGCUCUUCUUUUGGGUCUUGGCUGUAAUCCAAACCUCAGUGACGUGUCUCUGGACCUCAGCGGCUGCGACUUGCGUUCGGGGGGCUCUCAGAUUCUGGAGGGAUGUAUCGCAGAAAUCCCAAACAUCACCAGUCUGGACAUUUCUGACAACGGUUUGGACAUGGACCUAGUGACGCUCCUCGUGUGGCUUUCCAAAAACCGCUCCAUCAGACACUUGGCUCUGGGCAAAAACUUCAGUAACAUCAAAACUAAAAAUUUGUCCCAGGUUUUGGACAAUCUGGUGCACAUGAUCCAAGAGGAGGAUUCACCCCUCUCCUCGCUCUCAUUGGCCGACUCGCGGUUGAAGGCGGAGCUCUCGAUCGUCCUAAACGCUCUGGGCUCAAACUCCUCUCUCACCAAACUGGACAUCAGCGGGAACGCCAUGGGAGACAUGGGUGCCAAGAUGCUCGCCAAGGCCCUGCAGAUCAACACCAAACUGAGGACAAUUCUUUGGGACCGGAACGGUGUGAGCGCUCAGGGACUGCAGGACGUGGCCUCAGCGCUCGAGAAGAACUACACGAUCCGGUUCAUGCCAGUUCCCAUCAUAGAUGCGGCACAGGCUCUGAAAAGCAACCCAGAGAAAACAGAGGACGCACUGCUAAAGAUGGAGCAGUUUCUUCUGAGGAACCAUGAGACUCGUAAAUAUCUGCAGGAGCAGGCUUACAGGCUGCAGCAGGGCAUCGUCACCACGACAACGCAACAGAUGAUGGACUCUGUGUGUGUGAAGGUCCAGGACCAUCUGAACUCUCUGAGGUUCUGUGAGUCUGCUUUAGUUCAGGAGGACGUGAAGAGAGCGCAGAGCCUCAUGAGGGACGCCCGCCACUCCAAAACGCUCCUGCCAAGCCUGUACCACCUGCAGGACAGCGCCUCCCGGGGGCCGUGUGUGGGAGCGAUACAGGACACGUUGCAGUCUAUGGCCGGAGAAGUGUUCAGAGUCAUGGACCAGCAGCUGCAGUCUCUCCUGGAGCAGAUGGUCUCCUCGGCCCAGUCCCUCUGUCCUCACGUGCUGCAGAGGAGCAACCUGAGGCAGGAGCUGCUGCUCAGAGGAGCCCAGAGGAAGAACAUCUCUGAGGACUUUGUCUGCACCACUCUUCUGGAGCAGAGCGGAGUGGACAUCAUCAACAAGAUCAGUGAGGUGAAGUUGAACAUGGCGUCUUUUCUGUCGGACCGAAUCGUGGAUGAGAUCUUGGAGUCUCUUUCUCAGUCUCAGCUCACACUGGCAGAGCACGUUAGGGUCAAAGGUCACCCUCUGGAGCAGGAUCGACCCUCAGAGCAUGAGGUCAUCGAUGAAACCGAACUACAACAGGAAGCAGACGAACAGGAAGAGGAAGUGGCUCUGGACAGGAAGCACUGCGCCGAAAUGGACUCCAACAUGAUGAAGUCCAAGAGGAAGAGUAUCCUGGUGCGGAUGCUGAGGCCGGUGUCUGUGGCGUUUGAGAUGGAGUUUGAUCUGGACAAAGCUUUGGAGGAAGUCCCCAUUCACAUCGAAGACCCACCCCCUCCUCCUCCCGCUGUGACAUCACUGGACAGAGUGUCUGUCCGUCACGAUGAAACCCCACCCCCUGACCUGCCCCCAGUCCAAGUCCAGACUCUAGAGCACCAAACCAAGACCAGACCCAAACCUAAGAAACGGACCAGACCCUCAAGAGUCAAGCGUGUGGUGGCGCCCUCUGCUGGUGUUGUGGAUUUAGAGCACAACAGCUUAGUGGAGAAACUGGACGAAGGAUUUGACGAAUUCUUCAACAAAACCGUCUCCAAACUCAGCUUCAAACGUCCUUUGGUGAAAUCAAACUCUCAGGACCCAGAGAAGAAACGAAAGAGUGGAUUCUUCAACUACAUAAAGUCCAGAACGUCUCGCUCCGAAAAGUCCCACGGCUCGGGGGCCAUAAGUCCUCCAGCCUCCUCCACGCCGCCCCCUGCUGCUCUGAACACCACACUGCACCCUGUUGGUCCUCACACUCUGCCCCCUAGUGUCCCAGGGGAGGGGCUGUCCCCUGUCUCACCUUCAGUGUCUCCUCCAGUGUCUCCAGAUCAGUCCCCCAGAACCAACCACCAACUGCACAGAGCCACAUCACAGGAGGAGGAACCAGCAGAAGAGAACCAUACAAAUGAAUCUGAAGAGCCCAGACCAGAGACCAGACCAGAGCCCCAGAGACAGGAGAAGAAGCCGGAUGCCCUCCCAGCCCCUCCCGUCCCGCGCCACAUGGGGGUGCCAAUUCUGGGGAUGGGGCUGAUGGCUGAGAUGAAGGCCAAACUGGCAGCACAGAAGGUUGAGAAGACCAGACCUGAAGUGGCUGAAGCUGAGUCCAAGAGCAAAGCUCCAGAUAAACCAGAUGCCCCGCCGCACGUGUCUGCCCCCAGAGAUAAACCAGAUGCCCCGCCGCACGUGUCUGCCCCCAGAGAUAAACCAGAUGCCCCACCACUCGUAUCUGCCCCCAAAGAUAAACCAGAUGCCCCACCACUCGUAUCUGCCCCCAAAGAUAAACCAGAUGCCCCGCCACCAUCAGAUCCAGAAGAGUCCAGACCAGAACCAGCCCCAAGAUCUAGAGCCAGGACUUCUAUCUCCAGUGGACCCAAAAGUCCAACCAGUCCAACUGUCAGUCUGCAGGAGGAGUUCCCGGUCCCUCCACUUCCCGCUCCUCGUCUGAAGAGGACGCCUUCAGAGCAGGACUGUGGAGUGUCUGUGUCUGUGACGUCUCCUGUCGACAGUGAGUGUGCCUGCGACAGUGAUGCGUUCGAGUCCCCGGUGACCAUGGGAAAUGUGGGCGUCGACAGCAGAGCCUGGUCAUCUCUGAAGAGAAACCAGAGUCCAGAAUCUGAGGAGAAAGAGGAGAGAGAGAGAGCCAAGUCACUCCCAAACUAUGCUCUCUCUGGGUCUCCUCCGUGCGGCUCUGACUCAGACGGUGCAGAGGAAGAGCAGAGCGCCUCCUGUGGGUCAGAGGAGGACGAGGCGCACAAUGAAACAGCAGAGAGUUAGAUACUGACCAAUCAGAAGAGCCGAAGAAAAGAACCAACCAAUCUAACCCAUCAGAAGACCUCAGGAGAAGAAUCAGCCAAUCAGAGGAGCUGUGGAACAAACCUAACCAAUCAGAGGACUAGAGGAGCACAAAUGACCAAUCAGGAGGAGCAGAGGAGGGGCGUGGCUCUGAACUGUGUCACCUUUUAAAAUAAAUCAUUUUUAUAAGAGCUUUUAUAAGUUACCUGAACUCAGCAUUUUGUACUCAUCCCUAAAUAUACAGGUAACUUUUUUUUGUUUUUAUUUGAUCAAUAACUGUCCAUUUAUUGUGAAAUGUUUGAGUGAUUAUAACAGAGAUACAACUGAGCAUUGUUUUCACUGGAUAAAGCCAAUUUCACCAAAUAUUUACAGCUUUUUUACACUUUUUAAGCAGCAACUGAACAAAUUAUCUCCAAAACUGAGGCGGAAUUCUUAUUUUCAAAGUUUUUGAUGAGUUUAUUUAUGAUUGUUUAUGUUAUUAAAAUUCUCUCACCUGUUUACAACUUGAUCAUGUGAAUAUUACAGUGUUACAACCUUUAACACAGUUUUAAGAACAAAAUUGUGAUUAGUGUUGUACCACAAAGUCACAAAUGUAUAGGUUAAGUUUGUCCUUGUUUAGACCUGGUUUAGUCCUGGUUUGGUCCUAGUUUAGUCCCAGUUUAAUCCUGGUUGAGUCCUGGUUUAAUCCUUGUUUAGUUUUGGUUCAGGCCCCAUUCAGGUUCGGUUAAGUCCCUGGUUUAGUCCUGGUUUAGUCCUGUCUUUAUCCUGGUUCAGUCCUUGUUUGGUCCUGGUUUAGUGCUGGUUCAGUUCUGGUUCAGGCACCAUUUAGUCUUGGUUUAGUUCUGGUUUAGUCCUGGUUUAGUCCUGAUUUAAUCCUCUUUAGUCCAUUUUCAAUCCUUGAGACUAUGGCUACCAAAGAUAAGUAUAUUAAAACUAUUUUUAGUAUUUAUCAGUUACUUUUGUACUUUUUGCACCUGCGGCCAUCAGAGACAUUUGCUACUUUACUUUUUUUUUUUUUUUUUUACAUUUUUUGUACAAACUUUAUUGUGUAAAUAUGUACCUAUGUUAUGUGUAAAUGGAAAGUGGAAUUUACUGGUAUGUAAUCUGAUUAUGAUAAGAGUUUAGUCUGAUUAUGAGGAGUGUAAUCUGAUCUUUAAUCUUUAUUGGAGGUGACGGUGGAUUCUGAGAUCAAAUCUGUGCAUUUAUUUAGUCAAUAAAAAAGUGGUGUAAAUGUGGUUUGUGCUUUUUGGUUUAGUCCAGUUUUGAUACUUGGCAGCUGAUGUCAUCAACAUUCUCUGGGGGCUGGAGGUAACAGGAGGCUCUUCUCUGUCUAAACUCUGUUACACAGGUUAGACUUUAAUCUGAUUUUUGUUUUAACACCAUCUGACCAUAAUGGACUGAUUUAGCAGAAGUUGUAGAUUCUGAUUUCAUCUGCUUUGAAAAUAUAACUUUUCUUUGCCUCAAUGAAUGAAAGGAAAGUAACAUUGCUCCAUCUCAUCAAUAUGUCGUUGAUUUUGAAAUACAAAAGGAGCACAGGUCCAUAGAAAGAGACAAAACAUGUGUCCAAACGGGAAAAUGAGUUGGUCCUUGUCUUUUAUAUUUAAUAAAUGCAAUGAAACUGUUCUAUAAUCAAAAUACAGACUCUGAAAUCCUGUAUUGUUGUAUGAUUCUACAAACACCUGAAAGGUUCAGCUCUGGUUUCUGAUGCUUAUUAAACACAUUCACUUACAGUUACACAUUGAUGUCAUUUAAAUGUUUUUAUUUUUUUAUUCAAGCUGUUCCAAAGUACGAUACAUCUAAACCACAAUAUUAACACAAACAUGGACAUUUUACUAACACAAUAUGAUUCAUUUUUAUUUGUGCACAUGAAGAUGAGAAUAAAAAAAUAAUAAUACACCA